UAGUAAUUCAGAAAAUGAAAUAUUUUGUCUGAUUUUGUUUGUGUUAUAUAUCUUUUCUUCUCUGUUCAUAUAUAUUACUUCCUUCAAACUGCUAAAGAACUUACCAUUUUGUAUCUGCGAGUUUCCCUUCUUAACUUAUAGGGUUUCGCUCCUUCCAUGGCCGUUUCUUCCUCUACUCAGGUUUGAGAAGAUAACCUAGUUUGAUUUAUUCACCAACUUUCAUGUCCAUGAUGGACCAUUGUAAGGAUUUUCUCAGCUGGCUCGAUCAUGAUACCUCUCUCAAUAUAUUCAAGGGUAUGGAUGAUCCAGCAGAUCUAGCACGUGUCAGCUGUGUCUCGCGAUCUUGGAGACACUUUGUGAUUGCUAAUGGCCUCUCUAAGCAGUUGUGUUUGAGAAUGUUUCCUCCAUUAUCUAGAGUUGCUUGUGUUGUUGAACUGAAUCAACAUGGAGUGAAGGAACACCCCGAGGUUGGAUCGAGCAACUCUAUGGAAUGGUUAGCUCUACAGAAAGAUAAUAGAGUCUAUGGUUAUCUUGCUAGAUGCUGCAUGUCUCCCGUUGCUAUGGAUUGCAUAGCUAAGGCCAUUGGUGCUUCUAGCACUGAUAAUAUCCCUCAGGAGAGCAUUGAUCAUACUCUAGAGGAAAGAGACAACAUUGCGGGUAGAUUUUCCUAUUGGUCAAGUAAUGGACAAAUUAAUCCCAAUGUUCCUGAGACAUUAACAUACCAGUUGGGCUCUCAAAUAUGUGUUAUUAAGGAAAUCAAUAUUCAACCAUUCCAAGCUCACUUUCAGAUGGGGGCACCUAUAUAUUCAGCACAAUCUGUUAGGUUUAAAAUGGGUCAUCAGAAAGCCUCUCUAGAUUCUCUAGCUGAUGAAAUGUUUGUAUGGACCUAUACAUCACCGGAGUUUCCAAUGGCUCAGGAAAACCGGCUACAGACGUUCCAGCUUCCAGAACCUGUACUCUGUAUCGGCGGCAUCUUGCAGGUUGAGCUUUUGGGGAGGGUACAGAGGCAAGAAAUGGAUGGCUUAUUAUACAUUUGUAUUUCUUAUGUUCAAGCUCUGGGGAUUCAGUUGUCACCAGCAUUUAGCGUUGAAAUUCUUGACCCCUCUGGAAUGUUUGUGUUGAAGAGAGACCAACGGGUUAAGUGUGAACCCCAUGCGACUUCUGACGAUGAGUCUGGAAUUUUAAAUGAAAAUGUGCGGAGGGAACUUAGAGAUUUCCGACGUGUUGUGAAUAUAUUGCGGGGACAUGUAAUGGGAAUAGGAGCUGAGGAUGGUUGGGAUGAGGAAGACUAUGAAGAUGACGAUUUCGACGAGGACGUGGCAUAAAGUGUGACAGUCCCUCCCCAAAACAAUAAGGAUAAAAAGAAAAUAUAAGAAUAUGCAGGUAAAGAGUUAUUGUAAUGAAACCAGUGUCUAUGCAUACAUACCCUUUGUGCAAACUGUUCAUGUUUUUGUGAUUUUAUAUCUGAUUUGAUUUCUAGUAUUGUUAGCAUUGGACAUGGGACGUAUGACUUCUUAAACUGUUUUUAUUAGUAGACUGUAGUUGUACCAAUUGUUAGUCAGAAGUCUGAAUUGUUUUUGUUUUUAAAUAAUAAUAAGUAUGAAACUUUAGUUCCUGAGCU